AUGGUUGAGGACCAAUUCAAAGAAUUUGAGGCUCGGUUGAAUGAGAGAAACGCCAAUCCCUUUACAGGUAUUGUAGGAAGUACCAAAGUAGAUAUGACAUCAUUGACUGUAAAGUCGUUGAUGCAACUUUUGUCAAGACAAGUAGGCUACAAGCAACCUCAAACCACCCCACCAACUGUUCCCUCAAAUGCAAUGUUGACGGAGGAGACUUAUGUGGCUCAAAAUCGGGUGCCAGUACCAGGUGCAUGA